AUGGACCGUUGGAAUGCCGUUGCAAGCGCCCUGCGUGAGUCUUCCGAGUUCAGCCGACCCAAAAUCGACGCAAAACGCGCGUGCAAUCGCAUUAUGCUGCUAAUCGAUGCGCAUCGCAAUUACGACAAAGCUUCGGCUCAGGCCUCUGGCGUGGAUGAAGACGUCAACGAAAAGAUCUUGCUCUUGGACGACUUGUUGGCCGCGUAUGACGAUGCAAAAAAUGCCGACCAGCGGCGUGCUGAUGAAAGUCGUGAGCUUGCAAAUCAUUCAGAAGCCAUGGGAAGUCUGAUUCGUGCUGAAGCGAUGGAAUCAAUGGGCAAGCGGAAGAGGAAGAAUGAUGAAGAUGAAGGGGCCAAGGUGGAAUUGGAUUUUCAAAGGGAACGAAUGCAAAAAGAAAUGGAAGAAAGACGCAUCGAGCUCGAAGAAAGACAAAUGGAGCCGCAGUUGAUGGCAGAGCAACUUCGCCAGCAGCAGGAUUCGUUAGCUUUGUUGAUGAGAAUGAUGAUUGAAAGGAACUAA